GGAAACUAAAGUUAGUUUCUAUUUUAUGUAAACCCCCAUCAUUAUUAUAAAUAAAGGAGAGCUCUCAUUAGUAGAGUCAUGAAUUUUAUGAACAAAAAGAUGCUGCUGCGUUUUCUCCUCUGGAGGUUUCUUUGUGUUUGAUCAAAGAAGAAGGGUUUGCUGUUUGAUCCAAGCGACACUCUGCGGCGAGAAGUCCAAGUGGAUCUUCAUAUUUUCUGGUUUUCUUAUUGUUUCUAAUCUCAUUCAGCUAGCGAGGUAAGUGCUCUAAUCUGUGUGCAGAAUUUUUGGGUUAAGAUUCUCUAUUUUAUCUACUGUUGGCCUUGCUAUUUGUGGAGUUCUGGCCAUCCGAUGGCCUUCUAAUUUUGAUCAAAGGUUAGUCCUAUUCUGAAGGAAGUUCGAUCCAAUUUUGAGGCUAAUCAGACCACUGGUUCUUGCUGAAGUGGACUGUUAGUUCUGGCCGGUUAUGGAUUUUCCCAGAUCUGAAUUCUGAAUUCUGUUAUGUUUAAAUCUGUAUGGAACUUGAUUGCUGCUAUUAUUCUCCAAUGGGUUGGACUUUCAAAUCAGUCCUUAGAUAUGUUAUUAGUUCCUUGAUAAUACUCUGCUGAAAAUUCAGAAGUUAAUGCCAGAUUUCAGAGCCUACUGUCAGAAUCGAGUUUUGAUUUGGUUAUCUGGUCCUGCUAUGUUUUGAUUAUGAUCCUACUUAUUCAAUGACUCUAUUUCUGUUGCUGGAACUUUUAAUUGUUGAUGCAAACUCAGUUUCCUAAAAUUCCUGAUUGUGGAUCUGCUAAUUCUGGUUUCUUCAAGGACUGUUGAUUGGUUUAAGUUGGACUGGUGUUGCUGUUUACUAUUGGGUGGUUUUGAUUGUUCUUUGGUUUAUAAGUUCCUGCAGCUUUGGGUCUAGUUUGGUUUGUCAAAUUUAGUCCUACAUUAAGUGGUAUCAGAGCAUGGCUGAGAACAACACCCCCACUCUUGCUUCUAUUAUGGAACUGCUACUGAAUAUGAAGGCUGAACAGGAAGCUGAGUUGAAUGAAUUAAAGACUGAAUUGAAUACAAGGUUGUUGGCUGCACAAUAGACUACUGGUGAGUCACAAACAACACUCGAAGUGGAAGCCCCAUUGAAUGUAGUUGCUUACUUGGCUAACAGGAGGGCAAACACUAAUCCGAGACCACCACAGAGGGUUCCUGUAGUGCAACCUACAUUUGAAGAACAUGUAAGAGGUUAUUUCGAGACUGAACGUCCCACAUAUCAGAGGAACUCUGGAGACUCACAAAAGGUCAAGCUUGAUCUGAAGGAGUUUGAUAGAAGACAUGACCCCCAACUAUUCUAUGAUUGGGUAGUGGCACUGGAUGACUACUUUGAUUAUUAUGAUUUACCUGAGGAACGAAAGAUGAAACUAGCUCGUGCUAAGCUAGUUGAGGCUGCUCGUGAUUGGUGGACCACCUAUGAAUAUGAACUGGAAGACCGUGGUAGAGAACCUACUAGUUGGGAGGAGAUGAAACUUGAGUUAUUAGAUAAAUACUUGCCACGCAACUUCGGAGCUUGCAUACAAGAUCAACUGAACUCUCUUCGUCAAGGGUCUAUGACUGUUACAGAGUAUAUGAACAGGUUUGAUGCACUUUGUUCUCGCACAGGCAUAUCGGAGAAUGAAAGGCAAUUGUUAUCUAGGUUUCGAUUGGGAUUACGAGCUGAAAUCAACAGCGGAAUCAGAGUGGUUGACGUGUAUUCAGUGAGGGAUUGCUUUGACAAGGCCCUACGAGCAGAGGAGCUUGUAGCACAGCCAGUUAGAAGGUUUGGUUUUCAAGCUGGGGAGGUCAGGAAAAAUGUUCCAGCAACUAAACCUAGUAGCUCAACACCCCCAAAGUCCACUUUUCCUCCACGGGCCAAUCACAAAGGAAAGGCACCUAUGACAUGUAGUAAUAAGGCACAGUGCUUCCAUUGCGAAGAGGUAGGACAUUUUACUAAGUCUUGCCCACAUAAGCAGAGGGUUAAUGCAUUAGCUGAGGUUGAAGACUCCAAUGAGGAAGAUGAGUUAGAUCUUUACCCUUAUCCUUUUGAUGAUGAUGAUGAUGGUGGAUAUGACUAUGAUAUAGAAGACAGUAAUGAUGAUGGCACUUAUGUCAUUCAUGUGAUUAGUAAUGUCUUGGUGGCUGAAACCAUGGAAGAACACUCCACUGAAGCAUUCUACAUUGAAGAGAGCAUAGUAGACAAGACUAAAGCUGUGGAAGAUGAGGUAGUGAUUGAAAGAACUCCACAACAAGUCUUUGAGAUUCAUGAUGAGAAGGAAAAGUUUGUUCCAAUUCUUGAUGAGAAGGUUACUAACAUUGAUGACUCUAUUCAUACAACAUUCACUGUUGGUAUUGAUUCAGAGGUAGAGCAUAUAGACUCCAUGCCUUGAAGACUACAUUCCACAAGUUUACAAGCAACCAGAAUUAUGUUUGGGAACAGUUAUGACUGCUAUUCACAUGUUCCCACCUCAUCACUUCAAAAUUUGAGGACGAAUUUUUUCAAGACUUGAUGCAGAUUCUUCACCAAACUAGGCUUGUUUUGUUGGGAAUAAGCCUGGAGUUAGGUUGUAUAUGUGUUGGGCCUUUAGUCCAUGUGGUUUGGAGUGUAUUGGGUCACUUUUAUGGGUCUAAACUAGGGGUUCUAAGGUUGCAUA